AUGUGGAGCAGAGGAGAUGCAUCAGUGGAGGAGGAGAUGAAGCAGAGGAGGCGUUGGAGAGACAUGGAGCGUUGGAGAGACAUGGAGCGUUGGAGAGACAUGGAGUGUUGGAGAGACAUGGAGCGUUGGAGAGACAUGGAGCGUUGGAGAGACAUGGAGCGUUGGAGAGACAUGGAGCGUUGGAGAGACAUGGAGCGUUGGAGAGACAUGGAGCAGAAGCACGGAGGAGAGAAGGCAUGGAUAGGAGAAGGCCAAAGGAGCAGAGGAGCAGAGGAGAAGAGCCGCACAGCUGCGAUUCUCCCCAACGCUGCUGGCCGCAUGGAGGAGAGAAGGCAUGGAGGAGAGAAGGCAUGGAGGAGAGAAGGCAUGGAGGAGAGAAGGCAUGGAGGAGAGAAGGCAUGGAGGAGAGAAGGCAUGGAGGAGAGAAGGCACAGAGGGGAGAAGGCACGGAGGGGAGAAGGCACACAGGCUCGGCUGUGA